GGGCGCCAGGUGACAGCUAAUGGCGGCGGCCGCCUGAGCCGGGCGGAAUCGGGGCCGCGGGAGGCGCGCAGCCGGACCUUCCGGGGCGCCGCUCCCCUCCCGACUGCGGCUUCCCCGCGGCGGCGGGCUCGGCGCGCCAUGGACAGGCCGGCGGCGGCGGCGGCGGCGGCGGCGGCGGCGGUCGGCGAGGGCGGCGGGGGCCUGGGCCCGGGGCCGGCGGGCGGCAGGAGGCCCCCUCGGGUCGCGGGGGCCCCCGCCGCCGGCUCCCGGCAGCCCAGCGUGGAGACCCUGGACAGUCCUACAGGAUCACAUGUUGAAUGGUGUAAACAGCUUAUAGCUGCUACAAUUUCUAGUCAGAUUUCAGGUUCAGUGACAUCAGAAAAUGUAUCCAGAGAUUACAAGGCUCUAAGGGAUGGAAAUAAGCUGGCACAGAUGGAAGAAGCGCCGCUUUUCCCAGGAGAAUCAAUCAAGGCCAUUGUGAAAGAUGUCAUGUACAUCUGCCCAUUUGUGGGAGCAGUGAGUGGCACCCUGACAGUGACGGACUUUAAGAUGUACUUCAAAAAUGUGGAGAGAGACCCGCAUUUCGUCCUCGACGUCCCCCUGGGAGUGAUCAGCAGAGUUGAGAAGAUUGGAGCGCAGACCCAUGGAGACAACUCUUGUGGCAUAGAGAUCGUGUGUAAGGAUAUGAGGAACUUGCGACUUGCUUAUAAACAGGAAGAACAGAGUAAACUAGGGAUAUUUGAAAACCUCAACAAACAUGCAUUUCCUCUUUCCAGUGGGCAGACACUCUUUGCAUUCAACUAUAAAGAAAAAUUUCCAGUGAAUGGAUGGAAAGUUUAUGAUCCAGUAUCUGAAUAUAAAAGACAGGGCUUGCCAAAUGAGAGUUGGAAAAUAUCCAAAGUAAACACUGAUUAUGAGCUCUGUGACACCUACCCCGCCAUCAUUGUUGUGCCAACUAGCGUAAAAGAUGAUGAGCUUUCAAAAGUGGCAGCGUUUCGAGCAAAAGGCAGAAUUCCGGUGUUGUCAUGGAUUCAUCCAGAAAGUCAGGCAACGAUUACCCGUUGCAGCCAGCCACUUGUGGGUCCCAAUGAUAAACGCUGCAAGGAAGAUGAGAAGUACUUGCAAAUGAUAAUGGAUGCUAACGCACAGGCUCACAAACUCAUCAUCUUUGAUGCCCGGCAAAACAGCGUCGCCGACACCAACAAGGCGAAGGGUGGGGGCUAUGAAAGCGAAAGUGUGUACCCAAACGCGGAACUCGUGUUCCUGGAGAUCCACAACAUUCACGUGAUGAGAGAGUCGCUGCGAAAACUGAAGGAGAUCGCGUACCCGGCCAUCGAUGAGGCGCGGUGGCUGUCCAACGUGGACGGGACGCACUGGCUGGAGUACAUUCGGAUGCUUCUUGCUGGGGCAGUAAGAAUUGCUGAUAAAAUAGAAUGUGGGAAAACCUCAGUGGUGGUGCACUGCAGCGACGGCUGGGACCGAACAGCCCAGCUGACGGCUCUGGCCAUGCUGAUGUUGGACAGUUAUUACCGCACCAUUAAAGGAUUCGAGGCUCUCAUAGAAAAGGAGUGGAUAAGCUUUGGACAUAGGUUUGCACUGCGAGUGGGCCAUGGCAACGACAACCAUGCAGAUGCUGACCGAUCCCCGAUAUUUCUUCAGUUUAUCGACUGUGUUUGGCAAAUGACAAGACAGUUUCCUUCAGCAUUCGAGUUUAAUGAAUUAUUCUUGAUUACAAUUUUGGAUCACCUUUAUAGCUGUCUCUUUGGGACUUUCUUGUGCAACUGUGAACAGCAGCGACUCAAAGAGGAUGUAUAUACAAAGACUAUAUCUUUAUGGUCUUAUAUCAAUAGCCAGCUGGAUGAAUUUUCUAAUCCCUUCUUUGUGAAUUAUGAAAACCACGUCCUAUAUCCUGUUGCUAGUCUGAGUCAUUUGGAAUUAUGGGUAAACUAUUAUGUGCGAUGGAAUCCACGAAUGAGGCCUCAGACGCCCAUCCACCAGAACCUCAAGGAGCUGCUGGCCGUUCGCGCGGAGCUGCAGAAGCGGGUGGAGGACCUGCAGCGGGAGGUGGCCGCGCGCGCCUCGGCCUCGUCGGAGAGGGGCUCCUCGCCAUCGCACUCGGUCACGCCCGUGCACACGUCAGUCUGACACCGCUGUCCCUGCUGUCCCCGAGGCCCAGGCGGGGCGCCUGCAACUUUUCCAAUAAAGCCCCGUGCCCACCACGUCUGGACAGCGCUUCCCACCGGUGACUGAUGGCAUGCUAGGGGACAGCCCCCACUGUCGUAAGUGCUGUCCUGUCGUCAACACCCCUUUCCCUCCUGCCAGCACUUUCUCAGGGCCACGUGGGGGACACUCGAGCGAGUGGAAUGCGGGAUUCAGGCUCAAGGUGGGAAAUCCUUGUGAAAAACCAACCCACUCCCUUAAAGGCCAUGUGACCAGCCCCGUGGCGUCUUCCAGUUCUUUGCUCCAACUCCCAGUGUUUUACAGUUAACUCUUUGUGGGGGAAGACAGGCCGACACCACCUCCCCCACGGUCUCUUUGUGCCAGAGGUCCUCCUGUACCAGUUACUGUUGUGUACAUAUAAGGUAUUUUUAAAAAAGAGAAACAUACCUUUAUUUUCCUACGUCCUUUUUUAUGUUUAGACUAGUCGCCCAAGGAGGCAUAUUCUUGACAGGACUGGGUGAGCAAUUUUCAAAGCAAGCUCAUGCUAGCUUUCGUGUGGUACACCUGAAGCGCCAUUUGAAUGUGGUCACUUAAGGCCACGUGUCCUGUCCCCACCCGACUCUGGGACCUGACCCUGCCACAUUCUACUGCUGACAGCUGUCUGUCAGAGCAGGGCUGCUCUCGCCUGUUAUCUGCUGUCUGAAAUAACAGUUCUCAUUUGAUCAAGAUCCCUUCAACUCAGUUUAUUCCUGUCACUGCAUGUUGAUAUUUUAAAGUAACCACUGCGCUGUGACUUUGGAUGCCAAAAGCAGAGCACGCGCCUCCCUCGGUUUCCUCAUCCAGAGCCACCUGGGCCUCUCCUCCCCGCCUCACACCGUCACUCACUGCCUGGGCUCUGGGACUCCGUCAGUCUGGGCGGGAAUUAAUUGACCAUCAGCUGGUCCAUCCACUAGCACUAGCGCUCUGAGCUGCUCCGCAUGGCGCGCCACAGAAUCUUGCACAUGUGUGCCCAGCGCCAUGGCCAUCCCUGCCAGCCCCUGGGACCCCAUCCUGCAGGAAUUAAGCUUGCCUUUGAGUGGGGGGAGCUCAUCUAGUUAGACCUGAAUGCAACUGCAUUGUAGCAUCUGGUUGGUUUCAAAUUACUGGAUGCUACCCAAAGCCCUACAUAUUGACCUUAUUUUUGAAAACAUUCUUAAAGGUUUUUUACACUCAAAUACUUAGAAAAUAGAUGUUUUUUCAACUUGGAACCUUCUGAUUCUUAUAGAAAAUUAUCUGGUAUCUGUAAGGUAUCAAAUAUUUAUUUGAGGUAAUUUGAUAACCUAAAAUCAAUUCUCCAUUUUUACCAUCUGGGGGAUUCGUUUCUAAACUGUUUUAAUCGAUGUAACUUUUGAUUCAUGCUUCCAACGUAGCCGACAAUUUAUUUAUGAAUGGAUAAACUGGAUUAUUCAUCGAUAUACUGAUUUUUUAAAAUGGGGACCCAUUUUUUUCCCCAGAAAUACCACAUAAUCCCCCAGCUGCACUAAGACUACUAACCUUGGUGUGGACUGGAUGAUGCUUUUGACAGAACCAGAGAAGUCAAGUGGGCUUUUCUUGCCAAGGUCAACUGGCCUGGGGGCUGGCGGGGAGGGGCAUGCCUGCACAGGGCUGCCCUGCUCCUCCCCUCCCCCACGUGCUGGGCCCUAGGAGGACCCCUAGAAGCUCCCAUUUGGUUUGAAAGCAGCACAACAGGUCAUUUUCCUUUGUGUGUUCCUAGCACAGAACUGUUUCUAAAACAACUUGAAGUAUAGUUUUGUUACCUGAGCAAUUCUUUUUUCGGUUUUAUUUAAGUGUACUAGAAUGUAAAACCUUUAUGGUUCAGAUUUUUAAAGACUGGUACAGUAUUGUAUUUGCCUCAUCUGAUGCACUGUAUUUCAAUCUGUAAUUAAAAUAAUGUUUGUUCCGUGGUUUCAUUUUUUUCUUGUCUUUUUAAGUUUUUUUGGUGAGUUUUCCCUUGUGGAAUAUUAGUAAACACUCAAUACACGUUAUUUUCUUAUGUGCCAAGCAGUGUUACUACAUACGAAGCAUGCUCACAUGACGUAAUUCACUUAGUAAGUCG